UAAAUCAGAUUACAUAAAAGUGAGAUUGGUUCAUUCCUAGGUCAUGUUAUCAACAACAACUCGAUUAAACUAAACUAACAGUCAGUGCGUAACAACAUUCAAUAAAAAUGUAUAAAAACUGUUCUAAGUUUUGUUUUGGUGGUGGUGCGAACUAUUUAAAUUUUUUUCGGACCAAUCUUCGACGACCCUAUCACAGUGAAAAUGUUUUUGGAUUCAAAAGGAAAACUAAAACAUGUUAUGAAGUUCCAGAGGAGGUGAAUGAUAUCAGAUUGAAGCAGAGCAAUUUUUUCCGAUUAGUAUCAGCAUAUAGACAACAUGGUCAUAAGUAUUCAAGAAUCAAUCCAGUUGCAUUAGAAAUACCGGAAAAAUCCCCAGAAAUUGAACUAAAGCGAUAUGGUCUGAAUGAAGAUGACAUAGUACAUUUUAAGGGGAUCAUAAAUUCAAAUUUGACGGAAGGGAGCGUUAAAAACGCUUUGGAGUUAUUAAAUGAGGCAUAUUGCAAAUCAAUAGCAGCCGAAUAUGUAUAUUUGGAGGACGAAGAAGAAAUUGAAUGGCUGAAUGAACAUCUCGAAAAACUUCCACAAUUAAAACUAGAAGCUAACGAAAAAGUAACAAUUGCCCGUGAGUUACUCAAAUCACAAAAUUUUGACCAUUUUUUGGCAAAAAAGUUCGCUAGCCUUAAACGAUAUGGUGGUGAAGGAGCUGAAAGUAUUAUGGUAUUUUUUUCUGAACUAUUUAGACUUGCAGCCAAAGACAGUAUUGAACAAAUAGUGUUAGGAAUGAACCAUAGAGGGAGGUUAAAUUUACUGACAGGUUUACUAAAUUUUCCUCCUGUCGAAUUAUUCACCAAAUUAAAAGGUAACCCCGAUUUUCCUGCACAUUACCAAGCAACUGGGGAUGUCAUAAGUCAUUGUGUUUCUUCCACUGAUCUUACUUACGACGACAAAUCUGUCCACGUUACUAUGCUUUAUAAUCCUUCCCACUUGGAAGCUGCUAAUCCAGUUUCAAUGGGUAAAACUCGAGCCAAACAGAUGAUGUCAAAAGAUGGAGAUUAUGGAAAUAGAAGAUGGUCCGACAAAAUUUUAAAUGUGCAGGCUCACGGAGAUGCAGCUUUUAUUGGACAGGGCAUAAACCAAGAAUGUUUAGGAUUAAGUAAUACGCCACAUUUUGAAACCGGAGGUGGCAUUCAUUUGGUAAUUAAUAACCAAGUAGGAUUCACCACCCCUGCUGAGAGAGGGAGUUCUUCAAGGUAUACCACUGACUUAGCCAAAAUAAUUUCAGCUCCGGUGAUACAUGUGAAUGGCGAUUUUCCAGAGGAUGUUUUAAAGGCAACAAGACUGGCGUUUGAGUACCAAAGAACAUUCCGAAAACAAAUUUUCGUCGAUAUUAAUUGUUACAGACAACAUGGGCAUAACGAGUUAGAUGAUCCUACGUUUACUAAUCCAGCUCUAUACCGUAUUAUUAAAAAUAAAGACACCGUUCCAAAUGUAUACAAGCAGGUAUUAAUUAACGAGAACAUUAUAACCGAAAAGGAUUGCCAAAAAAUUGUACAAGAACAUGAACUUUGGUUAAAUGAAGAAUUGCAGGCUGCAGAAAAUUAUCAACCCAAGGACGUGUAUUUUAAGAAACAAUGGGAAGGAAUGAGCCAACCAGGUGAGGUGAUUAGUACUUGGGACACAGGAAUAGACACAGAUUUAAUGACAUUAGUAGGCAAUGCAUCAGUAACGAUUCCCGACAGUUUUACAAUACAUCCAACUUUAUUAAAAACUCACGUUAAAAACAGGUUUAAUAAAAUAUCAAAUGGUACAAAUAUUGACUGGGCAACAGCUGAAGUCUUAGCUCUAGGUUCUCUUCUAUUCCAAGGCCAUAACGUAAGAAUUAGUGGUCAAGAUGUUGGUCGUGGAACUUUCUCCCACAGACACGUAAUGCUUGUCGAUCAGCAAACAAAUAGUACCUAUAUUCCACUGAAUAAUCUCCAUGAGGAUCAAAGUGGUUUUCUCGAGGUAGCCAACAGUAUUUUGUCCGAAGAAGCUGUAUUAGGUUUCGAGUAUGGUAUGAGUAUUGAAGAUCCAAGGAAUAUGAUAAUUUGGGAAGCUCAAUUCGGAGAUUUCUUCAAUGGAGCCCAGAUCAUUUUUGAUACAUUUGUAAAUUCCGGAGAAGCCAAAUGGUUGUGGCAAAGCGGUCUGACAGUCCUUUUACCACAUGGUUAUGAUGGUGCUGGACCGGAGCAUAGUUCCUGUAGAUUAGAAAGAUUUCUACAACUGACUGACUCCAAGGAAAGCAAAGCUGACGGAGAUAAUAUCAACAUGCAAGUGUGCCAACCCAGUACUCCAGCUCAGUAUUUUCAUCUUCUACGCAGACAGAUGGUUAGAAAUUUCCGAAAGCCUCUAAUUAUGGUAACCCCGAAAACGUUACUUAGACAUCCAGUCUGCAAUUCAGAUUUUAUUGAUAUGAUUCCUGGAACCUUUUUUAAACCCGUUUUAGGGGAUUCUAAGGUUGCAAAUAGCAACGUACGAAAACUUUUGAUUACUUCUGGAAAACAUACGUAUACUCUAAAUGAAAAAAGAGAAUCGUUAGGUGUUAAAGAUACUGCGAUUAUAUCAUUAGAAUCUUUCUGUCCCUUUCCCACCUUGGAAUUAAGGGAAGAAAUUGCGAAGUACCCAAAACUAAAAUCUAUUGUAUGGUGCCAAGAAGAGCCGCAAAAUAUGGGUGGUUGGUCAUUUGUCAAGCCAAGAUUUGAAAAUUUAAUAGGAAGAAAAAUCAUUUACUGUGGAAGGGAAACAUCGGCAGUUCCUGCUGUUGGAGUUGGAAAAUGGCAUCAAAAAGAAGUAUCUGAAAUUGUCACCAAACCAUUCUUAAUUUAAAUUAUGUUUAAAAUUUAAGGAUUUUCUAAUAUUCAAAAUAUUUCAAUUUUUAUUAAAACAUUGUUACAUUUUUA